AUGUCGAGCAAAAAGUACGCAUUCCUCCCCAUGGGAGACGACGAGCUUGGCCCCGCCAAAGUCACCAAGGAGAAGAAGGAAAAGCGAUCCAAGCAUCGCCAUCGCGACCACGACCGCAAUGACAGGGACCGCGGCGAACGGUCUUCAAGACGACGCAGCGGUUCCAGAUCACGGUCGCCCCAUCGCCCCGCCAAGCAGCAGUACCGAAAGCGCGAUACCGAUGCGGACGACAGGUGGGCCGACGAGGAACCGCCUUCGGACAUGGACGACGUGGAAGAGGAGCCCGAAUUCAAAGAGUCGGCGCCGAAACGCGUCAAGCUCAGUCAUGGCGAGGGCGACCGUGACGGCGACCGUGACGCAGACUUGUCCGACGGUGCCAGGGAGGAGCUCGAGCGCCAACGCGACAUCGAGGAACGAGAGGCAUUCGCCAAGCGGCUGAGGGACAAGGACGACGGCAAGUCAAAGCCGCGCGACAGCAAACGAGGCCCAGAAAGCGCGACCGACCGCCUCGCCGCGAUGCCCGACCUGCGUCUCCGCAGCCGACAGCAGUACCUACAGAAGCGCGAGGCCGAGAAGCUGGCGCUGCUUCGCAAACAGGUCGCCGAGGAGACGGAGGAGCUGAGGAGCGGCGUCAGGCUGUCGGAGCGGGAGCGGGCUGACUUUGCGAAAAACCGAGAAAUCUUGCGCCUGGCCGAGGAGCGACUCAAGAUCGACGACCACAAAGACGGAUACUACAUGCCUGAGGACUACAUCACCGAGAAGGGCAAAAUCGACAGCAGGAGGAAGGAGGACGCGCUAUACAAGAGAUAUGUCGACAAGGACGAAUACGGGCAGGAGAAGUUCGUCACUGAACAUGACGAGUGGGAAAGGGAGCAGACUGCCAAGGCCAAGGCCCAGAUCAACAGAGGCGAGCGUGAGAACGACGACUACGACUAUGUCCUCGACCACGACCAGUACAUUCAGUGGAACCUGGACUCUAGGCUGCCGGGCGAGGGCAAGACCAUGACGAAGGAGGAGGCGUUUCUUGCGGCGCAGAUUGAGGCUGCCGAGAAGAAGCAGCUCUCGAUCCAGGAGACGAGAAAGAGCCUGCCCAUCUAUCAGUACCGAGAUGACUUUCUCGCGGCCAUGGAGAAGUACCAGAUUCUUGUCAUUGUCGGCGAAACGGGAUCAGGCAAAACCACGCAGCUCCCGCAAUACCUUCACGAGGCAGGUUACACAAAGAAUGGCGCCAAGGUUGGCUGCACGCAACCUCGUCGUGUCGCCGCCAUGAGUGUCGCGGCGCGCGUCGCCGAUGAGGUUGGUGUCAAGGUUGGGCAGGAGGUCGGCUACAAUAUUCGUUUCGAAGACAACACAAGCGACAAGACAAUCCUAAAGUACAUGACGGAUGGCAUGUUGCUGCGAGAAUUCAUGACGGAACCUGAUCUCGCUGGCUACUCUGCCAUCAUGAUCGACGAGGCGCACGAGAGAACCGUGCACACGGACAUUUUGCUUGCCCUGCUCAAAGAUCUGGCCCGAGAACGACCCGACCUCAAGUUGCUCAUCUCCUCGGCUACAAUGAACGCGGAAAAGUUUGCUGCUUAUUUUGACGAUGCCCCUAUUUACAACAUUCCUGGCCGUCGCUAUCCCGUCGACAUUUACUACACGCCGGCCCCUGAGGCCAACUACCUUGCCGCUGCCAUCACCACCGUCUUCCAGAUUCACACAACGCAAGGCAAGGGCGAUAUCCUCGUGUUCCUGACUGGUCAAGACGAGAUUGACUCGGCUGAGCAGCAGAUUGCCGACACUGCAAAGAAGCUGGGGAACCGUGUGAAGGAGCUCAUCAUCUGCCCAAUCUACGCUAAUUUGCCUUCAGACCUCCAGGCAAAAAUCUUUGAGCCCACUCCUGAGGGCGCUCGAAAGGUCGUACUGGCCACGAAUAUUGCAGAGACGAGUUUGACAAUCGACGGUAUCGUCUACGUCAUCGACCCGGGCUUUGUCAAGGAGAACGUGUACAACCCAGCUACUGGCAUGUCCAAUCUCGUCGUGGCGCCAUGCUCUCGGGCCUCAGCAAACCAGAGGAGCGGUCGUGCCGGUCGUGUCGGCCCAGGAAAGUGCUUCAGGCUGUACACCAAGUUUGCCUACAUGAACGAGAUGGACGAGUCACCCAUGCCCGAGAUUCAGCGUACGAACCUCAAUGGCGUUGUCCUACAGUUGAAGUCGUUGGGCAUCAACGAACUGCUUGACUUUGAGUUCAUGGACCCCCCGCCUACGGAAGCACUCAUCGGGGCUUUGAACCAGCUGUUUGCUCUGCAAGCGCUCAACCACAAGGGUGAGCUGACAAAGAUGGGGCGCCAGAUGGCCGAGUUUCCUACAGAUCCAAUGCUGGCCAAGGCUGUCUUGGCUGCCGACAAGGAAGGCUGCGUCGAGGAGGUCUUGUCCGUCGUGUCGAUGCUGUCAGAGGCCUCGGCCUUGUUCUUCAGGCCCAAGGAUAAGAAGAUCCAUGCCGACAGUGCCCGCGCUCGAUUUACUGUCAAAGAGGGCGGUGAUCACCUGACGUUGCUCAACAUAUGGAACCAGUGGGUUGAUAGUGACUUCUCGCCCAUUUGGUCUCGCGAGAACUUCUUGCAGCAGCGCUCUUUGACGCGCGCUCGCGAUGUGAGAGACCAGCUCGCCAAGCUCUGCGAGCGCGUCGAAGUCGGCGACAGCUAUCGCACCGUCAAGAAGAAUGCCACCGUGUACAUCCACCCCAGCUCAGUCCUCAUGGGUGUGGAUCCGCCAACGAAGAUGCUCGUCUACUUUGAGCUGGUACAGACCACCAAAGAGUACAUGCGCAGCUGUAUGCCCAUCGAGCCCAAGUGGCUUGCUGAGCUUGCCCCCCACUUUUACAAGAAGAAGGACAUGGAAGGACUCGAGGACAAGAAGAUGCCGAAAUCGCGGGACUGA